AUGCCUUCCAUCGGCACCGUGAAACUGCUGCCUCACCCGCCUCCCAAACCGCCGCAGCAUCCUGCACCGCGCCGCAGAAGAUUAGUUAUCGGAUCCACCGAGAACUGGGUCGCCUUCAGAGCAAGCGAACUCACUGAGCAGACAAUCGUGUCGGUCGUCGUCUACCAUGCCGUGAACUAUGCCGCGAGAGAAGAGUCUCUAAAGACCGGCAGGUCAAAGGCUAAGAAGUUGACGGAAGCCUGUCUUAAAAAGAGGGUACAAGUGGAUCUGGUUAAAUAUGACUUUAUAGAAGUGAAUUACCUCUCUGAACAGUACCAGAAGAAGUUUGAGGAGACAUCCGAGAAUGCCAGAAUAUCUUCUGAAAGACAAGGCAAGGCCAAACAGGAGAUGUAUUCUACCAAUGAGGAGUUCACCGAUAAAAUAAGGACUUUUAAAAGGGAGCCUCCCAUGUUUGAUGAGAUCUGGCCUGAAUAUAACAGAUACCUGAACAUCCUGUUGAAGCGGCCGCCUUCAGAGUGGCAGGAGGCUCUGAGAACUACAGACCUCAGAGAGCCAGCGAGGGUGCAGGGUAAAGUACUCGGAGGGAGGUCUGGACUCCAGUGCAGGUGGAGUCGUCCCCCCCCCCCCCACACUGACACGCUGGUCACGGAUGGUAACGUGGAUGGCGACAGCUCCCAAUCUGAGGAUAAGCUGGAGCUCUCUCCCCACCAGAUACUGGACCUGAUGACAGAGUUGAGGGAUCAGGUCUUGUCACUGACUCGCAAUUCAUCCAGGGUGGAUGAGCUGCUACUGAAGGAGGUCGUGCAGGACAUAGAGACCACCUCUAGGAAAAUGGAAGAGGAUGAUGAGAAACUUACGCUGCAGCUGGACGAGAUGAAGGACAGGAUCGUCAGCGACCGGGAGAGAUCCGCCACGCUGAAAAAGAAGGUUCAGCUCCAGGACCACGAUACGAUGUUGGAUGCUCUCGGUGUGAAGAUAACUGAAGUGUAUCGCUGCUGCGUGGACUCCCAUCCGACCAACCUCAGCACCUUGGAGAAGCUGGCCAGUGUUGAACACCAUAUAUUUUUACGGUUCCAGCUCUUGGAGAGCAUCCCGAAAGAGAAACUGAAGAGACUGAGGCUGAGCAAGGACAGCGUUAGGAGGGGCAGGCUGCGUGAGGAGCAGCUGAGACUGGAGAAGGAGAAGCACUUAGAAAUGUGCAAGCUAAGAUCUAUGGAUGGAAGCAAGAAAAAAACUAGAAGAAAGCUCAUGCCCAGGUGCUUCCCUGUUGAGCAGAAGAUCAGAGUCAGUGAGGAGGACAACCUACCUGCCGAGGAAGAACAUGCCUUCUUCUUCACCAUUGAGGACGACGAGUAGAAAAUAAAUCAACACAUGCCAUGAAAAGCCAAACAUGUAGAAAUAUGUGUGUCCAAAAGGAAUGGUACUGAAAUAUUGCCACAAACUACUUUUUUAUUUGCACUAAAAAGUGACACAGUAUUGAAAAUACACAACCGGAGAAAAUCUGCCACUUCCUUAUAGAGCCCCUCCUCCAACACACACGAACGCGCACAUGACCAAUGAGGGCACGAGAUA